CUGAUUUGUCCUCUAAGCUCGCGCCAUAUCAGUUCACCAGCUACUUGUUCCGGUUGCUAUCGGCCAUCGCCAUGUCGUCGUCCCUGUACAAGCAGCUGGGCCUUUCGGGAGCCGGCUCCCCGCUCUCCGGCCGCCACCUCGCCCUUCUCGUCCUCGGCGCCGGCUUCCUCGCGCUCACCGUCUUCGUCGUCCACCCUAACGAGUUCCGGAUCCAAUCUUUCUUCUCAGGCAGCAGCUGUGGCGGCCGUACCGUCACGGACGCAGCCGCCGCCGCAGUCGCCAGUCCUCACGGUGACACCACCACGGAGAAGGAGGACGACGCACGGGCGGACGACGUGCGCGUCCUCAUCGGCAUCCAGACGCUGCCGAGCAAGCGCGCGCGGCGGCACCUGCUGCGGGACGUGUACUCGCUGCAGGCGCGGGAGCACCCGCCGGUCGCCGGCAGCGUGGACGUCCGUUUCGUGUUCUGUAACGUGACGUCCCCGGACGACGCGGUGCUGGUGGCGGUGGAGGCCCUCCGCUACGGCGACAUCAUCGUGCUGGACUGCGCGGAGAACAUGGACAACGGCAAGACGUACACCUUCUUCUCCACCGUGGCGCGCGCGUUCAACGGCAGCGGCCGGCGACCGAGGUACGACUACGUGAUGAAGGCCGACGACGACACGUACCUGCGGCUGCCGGCGCUGGUAGAGUCGCUGCGCGGCGCGGCGAGGGAGGACGCCUACUACGGGCUGCAGAUGCCGUGCGACACGGAGAACUUCUACCCGUUCCCGCCCUUCAUGUCCGGGAUGGGGUACGCGCUGUCGUGGGACCUGGUGCAGUGGGUGGCGUCCUCGGACUUGGCCCGCCGCGAGCAGAACGGGCCCGAGGACAUGUGGACGGGGCGGUGGCUCAACCUCGCCGGCAAGGGCAAGAACCGGUACGACAACGCGCCGAGGAUGUACAACUACAAGGGCGCGUCGCCGGACAGCUGCUUCCGCCACGGCUUCGUCCCGGACACCAUCGCCGUGCACAUGCUCAAGGACGACGCGCGGUGGGCCGAGACGCUCGCCUACUUCAACGCCACCUCGGGCCUCUACCGCCAGCCGCUGCCGGCGGCCAGCUCUCCCUGACGAUGAGCUCAAGUGUUGAAACGUUCGUCGGCCCGGAUGCGUGCGUUGAAUAUUGUGAUCAAGGGUUGGUGGCGGUAGUUAGGCCACAGGAUAGGCUGUAUACGUAUUACGUGUUCGUUUUGUCUUGCCGCCCUGUUGAUUGAUAGGAAUUUAAUUGUUUUCCAUAUUUAA